GAAAACUUGAAGAAAAGGCUUCAAGAACUUCUGGAGACCUCUGCUAAAAGAGAGGAGGAAGUUGAACAAAAAAAUAAUGAGCUUACAAACCUAAGGAUACAUUUUUCCAAAUUACAAGAGGAGCUUGCAAGGAAAGAGUGUGAAAAUGAAGAAACCAUGAAAUGGCGCACUCUGUAUGAGGAGUUGUUCAAUAAAGUUAGACCCUUUCAGCAACAAUUGGACGCCUUUGAAGCUGAGAAAAAUGCCUUGCUUAAUGAGCGUGGAGCAGCACAGGAUGAACUGAACAAACUCAGUGAAGCAUAUGCAAAGCUGCUUGGUCAUCAGAAUCAAAAACAAAAGAUAAAGCAUGUUGUCAAACUCAAACAUGAAAAACAUUCAACUAAAACAGGAACUUGCAAGGGUGAGGUCUGAAUUGUCGAAAGAAAAGCAAAAUGAAAGGCGGCUACAGGCUCAGCUAAAUGAUUUGAGGGGAGUAAAGCAGUUUGAUCCAGACAAAGCUUUUCAGCAUGAUGUCAAAAGAAACAUUCACCAAAGAGCUCCAUUGAAAGAUGGGAACCGAAAUAUGUCCUGA